AUGGAGUCUGACGAUAGCUGGGAGGAGGCUGUUGAAGAGAGGCUAGAACUUAUGCCGAAAAAGACCUCGAUCCAAAGGGCUGUGGACAUCAAAAUUGUGAUGAUCCACAAGAUCAUAUGGUUCCUUAGAAAGAUGCAGAUUCCGGUGGAAAAGCCAAUGAUAGAAGAGAAAGUUGACUUUCAUAUUGAUGAGAGAUUGAAAGAGUAUGUGAAUUCCUUGAAGGACAUUGAAGAGGUGGACAGAGUGGUUAUGCUGUUUAAGCUCUUGAUUUUGUUUGGGAUACCCAGCCGAAUAUACAUUGUUCUUGGGGAGGAACCCAAGUGCUUUAUCGAGAGCAGGCUAUUGGGAAGGAUUAGAGAACACCAUGGUAGAUAUGCAGGAUGUGUCUUUUCGGUUGAUUCCUGUCUAAGACUUAAAGACCAGUCGUACCAUUUUUCAAAGUCUACGAAGCAAUUCUCGGCAGCGAGGUAUGUGGCUGAGGGGCUUUCUAAGUUUGGAAUGGAUAGGAAGGUGUCUGGAGGAGUGGACCAUUUCUUUGAUGAUCUUGAUAAAGAAAGAAUGAGAAAGAUACCUUCAUCCAUUGAAAAGAUGAAAAGACACCCAAAGUUUGUCGUUGAGUCCAUGCUAAGGCGAGAUCAAUGUAUCUAUCCAAAGAGACCGACUUUCGGGCUUUUCCGAGGGGAAAUCAUAUAUUCACGAGAAAACAUAGUAAAGCUAAGAACAAAGGAACAGUUUUACAAGAUGGGAAAAGACAUUGGUUCAUCCAAGCCUUACAGAGUGGUAAAAAAAGAUGAGCAGGAGACCCGUCUGUAUGCGCCAUGGCAAACAUGCGACCUGGUGGUGGAGGGGUUUGGGGAGUCUAUGUACCAGGACUUCUUUCAUCCAAACUUCAUACCGCAAGGAUGUGUAUACAUAAACAAUAAAAGUGCAAGGGAUGUUGCAUAUCUACUUGGAUUUCCAUACAGAAUAUGCUUUCAAGGGUUUUUAAAGGGAAUGCCUAUCAAUCGAGGGAUAUUUUUAGAGAAAAGAAAUCUUUAUGUGUUUUCGAACUUUCUAUUCCAAUAUUGCAGGUAUCUGGAGAUGAAGGAGAAAAACGAGCGUGGAGCAUUGGGAUUCAAGAAAUGGAGGUUCUUGAUCAGGAAUGCGGCAAAGUACUUAAAGAUCAGAAGAGGCUUGGGAUUAAAAUGA